UUAAAUUUCAGGAGAGUAUCUAACAUGGACAAGAGUCUUUCGUGGAGACCCAGCCCCGCACACCUCCAGCAUGAAGCUCACUCGUCUUAUUCUGCUGUUUUUGUACCUCCACUGGAGCUCUUCUAAGGCUGAUGUACGGCAGAACAAAACAUCCUUGAGAACUACAAGCCAACAGAAACCUCUGGUCAAAACGCGCGCGCCAGCGUCAGCUCCGCUUCAGGAGGAUCUGCUAGAUCAGAAAUGCUUGCUGCAAAAAUACACGCACCGCUCCUGUUACAAAGUCUUCUGCCAGCCGUGGCAGAAAUGUGUCGACGGAACCUGCGUCUGCAAACUCCCUUACCAGUGCCCAAGGAAGGACUCGCCAGUGUGCGCCACGAACGGAAGGGUCUACCCGACGUACUGUCACCAGAAGAGUGCCGAGUGUCUUAACCCGCAGACAAAGUUUUCAAAUAAUGGAACCUGCGCGGAUGAAGGAAAUUUUAAUGUUUCUUUAUGUUGUGGGAGCACAAAUGCAGAGGGAAUUGUUCAGGUCAAACUUGUGGACCGAGAUGAGAAAAUGUUCUUAUGUAGAAAGAGCUGGAGCAUGACCGAAGCCAACGUGGCCUGCUUUGACCUUGGGUUUCAACAGGGUGCUGUUCACAUACGAAGGAGGUUAACUCUACCCAUAAACCUCCAAAUAAAUGCCACAGAAUGCCUGAAUGUACGUUGCCGGGGUGAUGAGACCAGCUUGGCAGAGUGUACCUUUACCAAGAAGAGAACUAACGGUUCCCAGAAUUUAGCGGAUGUCAUGUGUUACACACACGAUACAGAUCCUGCAAUAAAUCGGUCCUUCAAGUGUGUGAACGGGAAGCACAUUGCUCAGGAGAAAGCCUGCAAUGGCGUCAAUGAUUGUGGAGAUCAAAGUGACGAGCUGUGUUGCAAAGGUUGCCGAGGUAAAGCUUUCUUAUGUAAGUCUGGAGUGUGCAUUCCAAACCAGUAUAAGUGCAAUGGUGAGGUGGACUGCAUUACAGGAGAAGAUGAGAGUGGUUGUGAAGAAGCCAGGUGGCCUAAAGUUCAUAAAGGCCCUGCACGGUCAGAUCGAGGAAAUGAAACUGAAGAAAUAGAAAUUUUGACUCCUGAUAUGAGCAUAGAAAGAAAACGGAUGAAGUCCCUAUUACCUAAACUAUCCUGUGGUGUCAAAAGAAACACACACACUCGAAGGAAAAGAGUGAUUGGAGGAAAGCCAGCAGAGGUGGGCGACCACCCAUGGCAGGUGGCAAUUAGGGAUGGCGAAAAAAUCACCUGUGGGGGAAUUUAUAUCGGUGGCUGUUGGGUUCUGACUGCUGCACAUUGUGUCAGACCCAAUAGAUACCGCAACUACCAAGUAUGGACUGCAUUAUUAGACUGGCUGAAACCAAACUUGGAGUUGGCAGUUCAGAGAGUGAGCAGAGUUAUUGUUCAUGAGAACUACAGUGGAACCACCUACCAAAACGACAUAGCUCUGAUUGAAAUGAAAAAGCUUCCGGGCAAGAAAGAGUGUGAGCUCCCUAAUUCUGUCCCUGCAUGUGUCCCAUGGUCUCCAUAUCUAUUCCAACCGAACGACAGGUGCAUCAUCUCUGGAUGGGGUCGAGAGAAAGAUAACCAAAGGGUCUACUCACUUAGGUGGGGUGAAGUUAAGCUAAUGGACAACUGCUCUCAGUUUUACCAGGACCGCUACUAUGACAAAGAAAUGCUGUGUGCAGGUACCAACGACGGGUCCAUCGAUGCCUGCAAAGGAGACUCUGGUGGGCCCCUGGUCUGCAAGGAUGUAAACAACGUGACUUAUGUUUGGGGUGUUGUGAGCUGGGGUGAAAACUGUGGACAACCAGAGUUCCCGGGUGUUUACACCAGAGUGGCCACUUAUUUUGACUGGAUUAGCUAUCACGUGGGAAGAUCCCUUAUUUCUCAACACAACGUCUGAAGCUACGACCUCCUUCCUUCUACACUUACUCUUACGGGAGUCAGUUGAAAUGGAGCUGUGUAAUUUGUUCCUCUCAGAGAUGGCAAGAGGCAAGUCUUACUGGUUAGUUCUGUUUCUUCAGAGUUUAUGCCAUUUUAGAAUUCUGCCAUAUAAUUUCCAAAUAAAUGUUCUGGUCAAUCAUA